GGUACAUCCCACAUGACAGCUCGACCCUUUCACGCUGAGCAGACUGCUGCAAACGUCGAUAAACCUGAUAUUUCAUGCAGAUCCUCGUCGCUAUAUUGCUCCCUUAUAGUCUAAACUCAAACUAUUAACCAGCAACAUGUCUGCACCGAAGAAGGGAGACUUGUCUUCGAGCGAAAAGGAGUUGUUUGAGGUUAUCACGGCAGGAAAUGUCCAAGAGGCCUCAAGGCUGCUGGGCUGCAAGGAUGUUCGAGUCAACUGUUUGGAUGAGUAUGGGAUGACCCCUCUCAUGCACGCGGCUUACAAAGGAAAAGCAGACAUGUGCAAGUUGCUGCUGCAACACGGAGCGGAUGUGAAUUGCAAUGAACACGAGCAUGGAUACACGGCGCUGAUGUUUGCUGGCCUGUCAGGUAAGACUGACAUCACGUGGAUGAUGUUGGACGCGGGGGCGGAAACAGACGUGGUCAACUCUGUCGGAAGGACCGCCGCACAGAUGGCCGCCUUUGUUGGGCAACACGACUGCGUCACCGUGAUCAACAACUUCUUCUCCCGCGCCAGACUGGAUUACUACACCAAGCCCCAGGGUUUGGAGAAGGAACCCAAGCUGCCUCCCAAACUGGCCGGACCCCUCCACAAGAUCAUCAUGAGCACCAACCUGAAUCCCGUCAAGAUGGUGAUGCUGGUGAAGGACAACCCCCUGCUGGCGGAGGCGGAUGCUCUGGAGAAGUGUCGCCGGGUGAUGGAGCUCAUCUGUGAGAAGUGCAUCAAGCAGCAGGACAUGAACGAGGUGCUGGCCAUGAAGAUGCACUACAUCAGCUGCGUGCUGGGGAAGUGUGCCUCCUUCCUCAAGGACCGCGAGGACAAGCUGGAUGGCCUCAUCAAAAGCAUGCUGAAGGGCAGAGACAGCGAUGGCUUCCCUGUGUAUCAAGAGAAGUUUAUCAGAGAGUGCAUCCGCAAGUUUCCUUUCUGUGACGCUACUCUGCUGCAGCAGCUGGUGCGGAGUAUCGCUCCUGUGGAGAUUGGCAACGACCCCACAGCUCUGUCAGUGAUGACUCAGGCCAUCACAGGUCAGGUCGGCUUCAUGGACGCAGAGUUUUGUACCUCCUGUGGAGAGAAGGGAGCCGAGAAGAGAUGCUCCAUCUGUAAAAUGGUGAUCUACUGUGGCCAAGCCUGCCAAAAGAUGCACUGGUUCACUCACAAGAAAGUUUGCAAGAUACUUCAAGAGCAGAGAGAGAAGCAGGAGGCCGAAUCAGCCAAACUGAGGAUGCAGCAGAGCACAGAGGAAGCGUUGCAGGAGACCACAGACUCCAUGCAGGAGCUCUCAGUGGAGACCAGCAGCGAGGUCGUCCCCUCAGACUCAGAAACCUCAGACUCCACUCCCAUCCCAGCUGCUGACAACUGAGGAACGUCUAACAGCCAGCAACCGCCUACUGCAGAAUACAUCCACACACCACAGACAGACCAACAGACAGCAGACCGGCAGUGAGACUGAAAGCCAGACAAGGACUGGUCCAGCCAGAGACAAGAAUCCAUAUUUAUUAUCGAGACUGUCACAAAGGCAGGGAGACACUAAAGCGUACGAGGAAGCUUAGUGCCACAGCAGUCAUCUUUUGUGUCAUUUUUAUAUGUUGAUUUUUUUUUUCAAAUAUUGUCAUAAUGUGAAUGUGAAAAUUACAUAGGCUGAUGUGUUGUGUGGUAGAGGUCACUGGGAGGAAUCGUGGGUAACACGUGAAGAGCUAAAAGGUUCACAUCGAUGAUGGAACGUAAUUCUGCCUUAAGUAACCGUAGCAACCUGUGCAGGAAAGGAAGUGACCGUGUAGCCGAUCAGAGCUGUUUGUGUGUUUGCAAUAUAAUUGAUUUGUUAUUGGGGACGUUUGUUUUGUACCGAGAACCUCACGGCGGAUUGUGAGCGGAGAACACGGCUGCACAAUAUUGACCAAAAAUUUAUAUUUUUAAAUAUAAACAACAUAAACGUGAAUUUAUUUUUAAGCGUAUCAUGAAAGAUGAUGUUAAUGCUCAGGAUUUUCAAGCAUUGUUGUACACAGCACAAUAACAUCACGUCCAUAACCAAAAAAAAUGAAAGUCGUGUGGUUUUUGAUAUUCUUUAAUUUAUUGUGCAGCCUGAACGGACAGAGACGUUGAAGUCAAACGACCGGUCCAACGAGGCUUUAGUUUGUCCUGAACCAUUUCUGAUAUGUCAAACAACUUGAGCUUCAUCACAUUAAAUAAAGACUAACUUCAUCAAAGUGCCCAUUCAU